UUUGGGACUACACUACAGGCCGAGUGGGACCACCUUUGGUCUGCUGUGAAAUCCAAUUAAUGAAUUGGGAGGAAGGUGGAUAUUACAACACUGAUAAACCAUAUCCUAGAGGUGAGAUUCUUAUUGGAGGGCAAAAUGUGACUGUGGGCUACUACAAAGAUGAAGAAAGAACCAAAAAAGAUUACUUUGUUGAUGAGAAUGGGCAGAGGUGGCUCCAUACUGGAGAUAUUGGAGAAUUUCAUCAAGAUGGAUGUCUAAAAAUUAUUGAUCGUAAGAAAGACCUUGUAAAACUCCAGGCAGGAGAAUAUGUUUCCCUUGGCAAAGUAGAAGCAGCUUUGAAGAAUCUUCCACUGGUAGAUAAUAUUUGUGCAUAUGCAAGCAGUUUCCAUUCUUAUGUCAUUGGAUUUGUUGUGCCAAAUCAAAAGGAGCUUGCAGAACUAGCUCGAAAGAAAGGAUUUAAAGGAACUUGGGAAGAGAUCUGUAACAGCCCUGAGAUGGAAAAAGAGGUACUGAAGGUGCUAGCUGAGGCUGCCAUGGCAGCUAACCUGGAGAAGUUUGAAAUACCAGUUAAAAUUCGUUUGAGCCCUGAUCCUUGGACCCCAGAGACUGGUCUAGUGACAGAUGCAUUCAAACUAAAACGCAAAGAGCUUACAGCGUACUACCGAGCGGACAUUGAUCGAAUGUAUGGAAAAAAUGUAAAAUAAUUCUUUUUCUGCACCACUUUGCUACAGUGAGCUUGGAUCAAAUAGGAAAUACUUGAAUCAUCUGUCUCAACACUUGAGAUCAACACAGAAAACCGCCAUUCCUCAUUUGCAGCUUAAACUGUUGUUUCUGAUAACACCACCAUUAUGACUGACAAGUUUAGUAAAACGUUACGGCAGCAAACUCGUGUCUGUCUCCUUUUUUUUUCUUCCCAGUUUUCUCUGCUAUCUUGUCAGUCUGUGGGUCUUUCCUAAGUCUUUUUGGGAAGCUAUGAUUUUGAAGCCUCAAGUUUUUAAAAGUUUAUAAAUCCUGUAUAAUGUUUUGUUUGUAUCUUCAAAGUUUGGAUGUAUAUACAGAGGACUUGGCUAUAGAAAAAAAUGGUUAUACUGGGGGCCUUUUUACCUGUUAUUUAAACAUAAGAAGGUAUAAAUGUUGUGAAAUUAUGUAAAUUGAAACUGUUUAUAAAUUUGAUCACUGAACAGAGGACCAGGUUGUCUGCUGCUGUGCCAUU